AGCCGUCAAGAUGUAAUCCUAAUAAGAGAUAAGUCGUGAGCUCUUAUGAGCUCACCGUGGAUUAGUCUCGAUCAAUCAACCGAUCGAGGAUACCACGUAAAAUCCUUUGCCUCGUAUUCUAUUUCAAUUCUGCAAUAUCAAAAUUCUACAGGCAUACAUGUUUCGAUAUAUGAAAGCUUAUCGAUUUUCUAACUAUGGAUUAUGAAGAUGGAAAGUGCAUCAUAAAUCAACGUAACACAACUACAAACAACAAAUAAUACAAUCGGUUCAAGUGUAGAGGAUAAAUUGUAGAUAGGAAGUCGUAUGAAAAUACUUAAAUCUUAACACAGUUUAGUAGGGGGAAAAAGAGAGAUUGAAUAAUUGCAAAUAAUAAAGUUAAAGAUAUAAUUGAUAAUUAAUUAGUUUGAAUUCCAGAACAACAAGGUCGUUGUAGUAUAGUGGUAAGUAUUCCCGCCUGUCACGCGGGUGACCCGGGUUCGAUCCCCGGCAACGGCGUCGUUUAUUUUUUUAACAUUUUAUCUUUUGCGCGGGAAAGGAAUACUGGGCCAGUGCAAGAGGUACGCAAGUGAAGUUAAAAGGCCUAAGCGCUAAGCCCAAUAAAAAGUUUAAAAACAUAGGCAUGCUACAUAGCCUUAAUUGAAUUGGGCCAAACGGUAGAAGCCCAUAGUUCUCUCCUCAUAAGCCCAUAUGUAAUCCAACCUAUGCAAGUUUUGUGUCCUUACUCCUUAUCCUUAAUUUGAUUAUCAAUAGUAAGUUUCCUCAUCUCUAUUAUGGUAUUGGUAGAUUUCAUUCAUUUCAACCUCUAAACGGGAACACGAUUUAAUGCAUAAAGAUUAGAGCGUCCUUACAAUUCUGUUGAACAAGAUUACAAAUACCUCAGUCCACAUUUUAGUUGAAAUCACGAGAAUCAUAAUAAUCCGAUCCAAAAUACGCCAGAAUACUCUUCCAUCUUAACGAAAUGAGCAUAGCAUCUUCACGGCCAAAGCGAGGGAUCCAUUUCCAAUGCUUAACCAUAGAUGCGGUUCAUUGUAUGCACACUUGCAUUUGCAUUAGCACUUCAUGUGCAUGGCCGAAUAAUGUCAAAGGUUAACUGACCAAGCCCACAUGAAGAACCAUUGGGCCCUCGACAGACUCCCUUUCAGACCUUUCCCCACCCGACAAAGAAACCCAUCAUCCAAUUUCGAUUUGUUGUUUUCUCAUUUGAUGUUUAAUUUUGCAUAAAUGGUCACUACUUCUUCAUGUCACAAUACCAAAUGCUCACCAAAUUUUGAUAUGCUCAACUAGGGCCGGCUAUUUGGUCCCAGACUAUUUGGUUUUACCCGAAAUCGGACCAUAUAACCCGGACCGGAACCGGACUGGAACCGGAUAGCAAACAAUGCAAUCUCAUAUUCGGGCUUAGAUUUGAGGUAAAAAACCAGAUAAAGACCGGAUAAGAGACCCCCAACACCUAAAAUCAAGAUAAAAUUGGGACCGGACCGGCCAGCUGCUUUGCUUUCUUUAUCUCGCUUGCCGUUAGUCCGUCUAGCGCCUUUCGGUUGGGGUCCGCCCCGGGGGUUAGACCGCUUGGGUUAUUUUUCGAGUAUCGAAGGCAGUCAACGUGUCAGCCAUUCUUCUCCUAUUAGACUUGUAAAUCCUUUGCUCUUUUUCCUUCUCUCUUCCAGUUCUCUCCCUAUAACUUUAUUUGACACCCAGCCUCCUCCUCUAGCUUUGUUUACUUCCGCCCAAAUACGGUAACUUGACCCCAGUAUACGAACUCCCAAUUGGUAACUAUCCCUGAUGACUCCCCAUCAUCCCAGAGGGGUCCAGUAGCCGGGAAGGGGCCUAGAAGUGCCUACUACUACACCACACUACACUUGGCUCUACACAUUUAGAGAGCUAACCCCUGCCCAGUGCCUGGCAGAGCUAAAGGGCUUCAAUCCUUAUUCCUUAUCCCCAUCUUCGCCCAGGCUAAGGAGGCCUUACUUAUUCAGGGGGGAGAGGGAAUGGGAUGACAGAGAAUACCACACUUCUUCUGGUCCGUAAAAAGCUAGAACGUAGAGUGGAAGGAAAGUUACUUAGUUUAGGUGCAUAGCAAGGUAGCCCUAUAGUGACUUGAUAACCUCUCCUCUCACUUUCUUCGAGCUUCUUUCUCUCCUUCUUGUUCUAAUUCAAAUGCGAGCUACUUCGCACCUUCUCCCUACGGUCGAACAUAUUCCCCUCCUCUCCUUCUUGUUCUAAUUAAAAUGCGAGCAACUUCGCAUCGUCGCGAGCCGGAAAGCGUACCGGCUUUUUCGCGAAAGGGCCGCUUGCUUCUUGUAUUUUAAAAAUUCUGUAUGGUUCUAUACCCCACCCCAAGUAAAUCAUAGAACAACCAAUAUUUGUUGACCGAACAGGGGUUCUCGAUAAUUUGGAUACCCGGAGGUUGUCCAUGACCUAACGACGCGUUAUAGUCGGCGACAACAUUGCCUUUUCUAUAGACAUGCUUGAUGGCUACCUCCCAAUCUCGAGACAUGAGAUUCUUGAUAUCCCUUACUGUGAUAUAGUGAGGGGGUCAAGACCGGACUGUAUCCAAUCCAAUCUUUGGUCCUUAUAUUCCCGAAAAGACCGGACUGGGAUCGGAUCAAUUUGGUCCAAUUUAACCGGACCGGACCGUAUAGCCACCCCUAUGCUCAACAAACCCUUGAUAUUACUCUUCAAGGGUUUUCCGAUCACAGUGUUCGGAUUAGCGUGUUUACUCGUUAAAGAUUGGCGAGAAGUACGGCCGUGUAACUUGACUUUGCUGAUACAGACGACUCGUUGUAACUCAUAUGCAAUCAAAAUUAAACUUAGUAGUUGACAAGCUUCCGGUUCGUAUCAUCUCAAAAUCACUUUUAUGUCAUUCUCAAACCCACUCGGUUGUAGGGUUUGUAUGCGAACUUUUUCAAUCCGCCCGAGUAUGUGUCACAUGAGUAUUAUCUUUCAAACCAAAGUGAAAACAUAGUUAGGCAAUACUCUAUUUAAUACACGUAUAUGUACCCAUACGUAUUUUAUUCGUUUUAAACUCCCGUAUUCGUAUUAUUGUCGAAUUGUUUCAAUUGUUUUCAUUCAUUUGACGGCUCGCGUACUAAACACGUAUAACACCCGUAUAACACGUUUAAUAUUCGUAUUUAAUCAAUUAAACUAUUAACUUUACUAUUUUUUAUAUAUUUUUAAAAAUAAUUAAUUUUAUAUAUUUAUGACUAUUAACGUACUAUUAAACGUAACAUUAGUUUAAAGACGGAGUAAAAUACCAGUACAUAUUUUAUACAUAACUUUUUCGUAUUUUAUUUUACUAACUAUUAGUGGAAACAAGAAUGGUUAAUAUCAUUUUCUGCAGCAUCUACGCAAUCUCGUCGUUUCUGGUACAAGAAUUUUCCCCAUUCAAAAUGCCGCGAUUCUCUCAAGCUGCCGGAAAAGAACCAUGAGAAACGACUCAAUACUCAAUAAUGCUAACAAUUAUCGCAUUACUGUACUUAGUGGAACACAGUUGUGUGGAGUUACUAACUAGGGAAACCCAAAGGUUCCAUCCUAUAAAAAAUAUCGAUGAAUCUAAAUUUAUUGUGGUAGUAACUCUAGUACAUGGCGAAUUUUUGUGAUAAUGGAUGAAUGUAUGUGUAGGGUUGGGGAAAUCCGUUGGAUUGCUUGAAAAAACGUGAAUAAAAUCGGAACUCGUUAACAAUGGUUUGAUUUGGUUCAGUAGUAUAAAUCUCGAGAUGUUUUGAUCUUCUCGUUUGGUAUAGACUCCCAUUUAUCUAACCAUACCACAGACCUAAAUUAUUUUUUCAAUUCGUGCUAGCAAUUCGCUCGACCACUCUCCCACCUCCCCAAUGAGAUUCAAGCAUCAAUCCUACCUUCGUCCCCUCCUUUAUUCACAAACCACACUCCAACAGAGAGUAGAUACAAUCGCGUCUCUACAUGACAUUAUGUUUAAUGUUUAUAAUGUUAUGAUGGAAGUUGGGUUACUCCGGCUUUGUGUCUUUGUUAUUUAUUUGGUUUUACGUUGUUAGUUUAAAUUUUUGUUUGAUGGAUCAAACAAAAAUGUCCAUUUAUUGCUCAAUCUAAUAUACUUGAUCCAGAUCAGUCCGCAUAGGUGUGACUUAGCCCGAACUCCGAACUAUAUAGUAUUUGAUCCGGUUGUACUCUAGCCCUUCAUAUGAAACCAUAUAUCAGACCACACCGUUUUUCAGCUUUGUAUAUUUGCACAUUUCAUUGGGUUCAUUUUUAAUUUUUUUUAUAGGAACAAUCAUAUAUAAUUCCUCUUCAAUAUUUACAUAUAUGUUUUCACCAUUGAUUAAGGAACAUAUUGGGCACCAUUACAGACACAUAAUGACAAAACAGCUAAAGCAAAGCAAAGCAAACCCAAGGAGAGAGAGAGAGAGAGAGAGAGAGAGAGAGAGAGAGAGAGAGAGAAUGGCGUAGGUGGUCAGCACUGCCUCAGCCCCAACCACAGAAAGAAACCCACAACAAAAAAGGGAAGCAGUCAUGUUGGCGGGGAAUUGGCAUUAGAAUAUUACCCAAUCGUGAAUCGUUCCUUUCUUUCUCCCUCUCUCAAUUAUCCUCGAAGAAUUCCACUUUCUCUCCCUUAAUUCGAUUCCAUUUUUCACAAAUCCGAAACGCCCCUACAAGACACAGAAAGAAACAGAGAGGGAGAGAAAGAUAACGGACAGAUUUUCCUGAUUAAACAAAGGGAAAGGAGGAACAAAAAGAUCCUAGCAGCAGGGAGAAGGAAAGCUCGCAGGGCGAAGAGAGAAAGGAAGGAAGGUGGGUGGAAAAAAGGUUGCAGCAGCAGCAGGGCUUCUUCUUCUUCUCCGAUUCCCCACGCGGUUUCUACGGAAAGAAAGGAGUGGAAACGAAAAACCAGAGGGGAAGGAGGAAUUUUUUUUGGUGUUGGGUUUUGGUUUUCCCAGGCUUAGAUCUGGCUGGGUUCGGGGAAUCAUCGGUUUUCUCUUCUGGGUAUUGAAGUUCGCGAGCUGAUUUUUAGUGGGUUGCUGUUAGAAAUCCGAUUCAGGGGCGUGUUCGUCGUUCCCGCUUUUUCUAGAUCCGGAUGGCGUUUUUUCGCGGUUGAUUGUUUUUCCCCCUUACCUUUUCCGGUCAGUGUUCUUUUUGUUUUGAAAUAUCGUUUCUGGGUUUAUUACUAAAUCGGGGAAAGGAGGAUGGAUUCGGAUGAUCUCCGAUCGAUUCUGGAAACUGCCGGAGUGGACGUUUGGGCGUUCAUCGACACGGCGAUCGCCGUCGCCUCUUCGGAUUACCCUUCUGAGCUGAAGCAGCGGAGGGAUAAAAUCGUUCAGGCAUUGUACUCCGCCACAGCCACCGCCACGUGUAAUCAGUGUAGCCGUGGCGGCGUAGGAAAUGGACGUGGGCAGAGGGAACUAGUCAAUCAGAAAUUGUCUCCCGCUCCCGCCUCCAUCGUUGAGAGAGAAGGCAGAGGUAGAGUCGGGGGACCAGCUGCCGCCGGAAUCCGUCGGCGGUCGCCUGAAACAGAGGAGGAGGAAGAAGAAGAGAAGGUAGAUGUAGAAGAAGAAGGAGAAGAGGAUGUAGAUCCAUACGACCUAUUGUUCGAUGAUGAACAGAGGAGAGUAUUGGAAAUCAAACAGCAGCUCGAAGAUCCUGACCAGACUGAAGAUUCUUUGGUUGACUUGCUGCAAACUUUGGAAGACAUGGACAUUACAUUCAAAGCAUUGAAGGAGACUGAUAUUGGAAGGCAUGUGAACCGGCUGAGGAAGCAUUCGUCAAAUGAUGUCAAGAGAUUGGUGAAACUGCUAGUCAGGAAAUGGAAGGAAAUUGUGGAUGAAUGGGUGAGGUUGAAUCCACAAGGAGAGCAUACUUCCUCAGCUAUGAUGGCUGAUGGGGACUCACCUCAGCAACAAAAGAUUACCCACAAUGGUCAUCACCAGGUGCCUGAUUUUGCAUACUCUCCAAACCCUCACAAUGGUAGUUCUGGAUCAGACAGAAAUUACUCAGAACCUGAAGUGGUAGUAAGGAAGCAAAAGCCUCCAGUUUCUUCUUCUGGUAGUACUAUUAGAAAAGAGGCUGCUGCACCUGCUAGACAAAUUCAACACCAUUCAGCAUCUACUAGUCACAAUAAUAGGCAACAACAGCAAAGAGAGGGCAACAACAAUUUUAAUUCAGAUAGGCUGGCCUCAGCAACCAAAAGGCUUCAGGAGAGUUACAGCAAAGCUGAAAAUGCCAAAAAGCAAAGAACAAUUCAAGUGAUGGACAUUCACGAGAUACCAAAGCCUAAGAAUACAUUCUUUGCCAAGAACAAAGGUGGCGGUUCUCAAGGCAGGCACUGGUAGCGGCCAACGGCCCGUGGUCAACUUCGUUUUGGGUACCUUGAUUUAUUGAUAGUGUUCACUUUGGCCCUUCCCCUCUGCCUAACACCAAAAGACUAAGAAAGGGGUGGCUUGCUUGGGAGGGAGAGGUGCUUUGGUGCUCUUAUAAAAGUGACGGGGCAGAUAAAAGGAUGAUGGAGAGAAAGAGGGUAAUUCCCUGAUCAGUACUACCUUUUCUUGGUCUAUGCUAUUCCUUAUCCUUUUCAAAGUGAAAAGGAAAGGAGAAAGGAAGAGGAAAAAGAGAAACAUUUUUCUUUUGAGCUUUUUCUUGUGCUAAAUAAGUUCCCAUGAAGAGAUUUGGGAGGAUGGUCAUUGCUAGAAGAUCGAUUUGCUUUUGAUUUCACAUUUGCAAAGUCCUCCAUCCAUUGCCUAAAGUAUUAAUGUUAUGGUUAACUUAGGCUUCUCGAGGGAUUGCUUCGACCAACAGAGAUCACACUUUUAGAGGAACCGAUUUUGAGUUGAAAUUGAUAAUCGUCUGCAGCUCCUGAUUUGGUUAAAAAUACAAUAGAUGUUUGUCUUGUUUAGCUGCUCCAAGCCUCCACGUUGCACCUCGUUAUUGCGAUAAGCUUUAUUAAGCGUUAGGAUGCGUUUUUAUCAUUAUCUCGUUAGGAUUAGGGGUUUGAAUGGAUAUUGGAGAAUGAUCAACUUAAUCUUGGGCAUUAUGUUCAAAUUAUGAAAGAUGCAUCAAGGGUGAGGGACCAAUUUGCAAUUCUUAACUUAUGAAGGCAUGUACUAUGGUGAAGCUAAUGUGUGGGAUAUUCCAAGUUUGGGUUUGGUGAAGGGUCACUUUGGGUUAUGAAUUAGGUGGUUGAGAAGAAUAGCUACCGGAAUUAUCUUCAACUUGAUGCCCUUUAGAUGCUUUUUUUUUUGUGUGUGGCUACUAACGAUGCUUAUGCAAUGUAGAAGUGGGGAAUUUGGUUAAUACACAAUACACAUUUUUUAAAGUAGAUGUAUAGUUGUCUUACUCCCUUUGAAUUGUAUUAUUGAUUAUAAUAUAGAUUAAGGAUCAUA